AUGUUUUCAGGAACGAAGAAACCGUACACGGCAAUAACGGUGCAGAUAGAUAGUCUCACGGCCGAACAAUAUGAAGUUGAUGACUGGAGUGGUAUUCCAGACCUGAUCGAGGUCAUCCGGCUGCAGGCCAGCGGACCCUCGGAGGCUAGUCGCGCCCUGAGGAAAAAGCUGAAGUAUGGCAAUGUACAUCGUCAACUAAGAGCUCUCACCAUCCUCGACUUCCUUAUACAAAAUGCUGGGGAAAGAUUCCACCGAAGCUUCGCUGAUGAGCCACUCCUUGAACGGCUGAGGGUUAUUGCGACUGAUCCUCAUACCGAUGCCUUGGUCAAGGAGAAGUGCCAGCAGCUAUACUCUCAAUGGGCAGUGUCAUUCAAGGGUGUUGCCGGGAUGGAGCGAGUCACCGCUCUUUAUAGGCAGCUACCAAAACGAAAGAGACGCACUGGCCCUGAGAACUCGAAUAUCCUUAAGGAACCAGCUGAUGAACCUUUGGGCCACUCUGUCUCUAUAGUCGCAGGCGACGGGCCUUCAAGGAACUUAAGCUCGGCUACUCCGUCUUCGUCAUCCAACUCGAAAUCACUUUUUGACUCGAAGAAGAAGAAUAAGCAGAAGCUGGAAAGACAAUCUAUAACAGAUAAGCAUACUAAAACUAAGGCCAAGGCCUCUGAUGAGGAUGUUGCUCGCAUAAAGCGUACCGUUGCAGACGUAGGCUUCGCCAUAACCCGUCUUGAAAAUGCGAUGAAACUUGUCAACCGCGAGCAAAUGCGUGUCAGCCAGGAUAAAGAGGUCAUGUGUCGCGUCGAUGAGUGUAAAGUGCUUCGCUCUGAGCUACUGAAGUUCAUCCACAAGCUUGAUGACGAAAAUUAUCUUGGGAUCCUGAUUCAUAGCCAUGAAGAAAUUAUUAAUGCCCUUCUAGCCUUUGAAGUCAUGGAUAAAAGUGUUGAUGACGAUAGUGAUAGCGAGCAGGAACUAGAUCUAGUUCAUGCAAAUGCUGAAAGCUCCCCUCCUGCGAAGCCACCACGACCACAGAUGGUACCCAGCUUACAGUUCGAUAAGGAUAAAGAUCUUGAAAGUGAGAGCGAACAGUCAGACGAUGAUGACAUUAACAAUCCCUUUGGUGAUAGAAAUGCCAUCAGUACCCCAGCUUUAGAAAAGUCUGGGAUGACCUGGUAA